GUUAUCUCUUAAACAGUUUGGGAACAAAUGUAAACGAAAGUGACAAAAUUUGGAAAGAUGUGAAAGUGUCGGAGAAUACUAUAUAGUAGUUGCCAAGUGGCAGGUAAUAAAACAUUACCUGCAGUAUUGGAGUGUGUGUUGUUUGGAAAUUGAAAAAUUACUACCAAAGAUGACAAAAAGUAAGAAACGACUAAAGGAAGAGCUGGAGGCGAAAGCACAGGCCACUGUUGUUGAAGAACGUCUAACAACGACAAAUGACGCUUAUACACAGGGUGCCUUCUGUUACCUCCGCUUGCUCACACACACUAUCGGAUUACUGCAAUUUGCCUAUGGCAUCUACUACCAUUGGUUCAAUGUGCAUUGGCCGCAGCACUUGCAGGAUGAAGAAGAGUUGAAAACGCGUUGGGGUGGCAAAUUUAAAUAUCUCACAUUUCUCGAUGUGAUAUUGCAAGCUCUUUAUCAUCUAGUGGCGCUACUUAAUGAUAUUAUUGGUUCUAAUGCAGUUGGGCCUCCACAUACAAUGCCUGGAAUCCGUAAAUUUCGAGAUUAUAUGUUUGCUGCAUGGGCUUUUCCCAUCGCACAUAAUGUGUGCAUCUCUUUUUGGGUUAUAUACGCUUACGAUCGAGAACUUAUCUUCCCAUCAGCGCUAGAUGCAAUUUUCCCAAACUGGCUCAAUCAUAUCGUUCACACCAAUGUGGCUAUGCUCGGCAUACUCGAUAUGUUUACUUGCUUCCGCCAGUACCCCAGUCGUGCAGCCGGCCUCACUGGCACUAUUGCAUUUAUGGUGCUUUACCUUAUUUGGAUGCACAUUGUACGUUUCUUUUCGGGUCAUUGGGUAUAUCCACUGCUGGAAGUUCUUAAUUUACCUAUGCGCUAUUUUAUGCUCAGCGCCUUGUUAGCUUUUACUGUGUGCUGCUAUUUCCUUGGUGAAUUGCUGAACAAUACUAUUUGGAGUCCAGAGUUACGUUUGCUGAAAAUAAAAAGCGCUAAGAGCGAGUAAAUGGAAUUCAUAAGCAACUGCGGAAGCUGCACAUCUGUUAAAAACAACAACAACAACAAUGCAUACAGUUUUACCACUGCAAAAUCUAGCUUUAAACAACGAAAGUGUUGAUGUAUUAUGAUUUGAGUACUUUUAUAUAGUACCGUUAUCAUGUACAUAUGUAUCAUUUUUAUUGACAAUUUUGACAAUGU